AUGUUCCGACGAAUCGUCGCCGAGGACCUCGCGGUGAAGCUCGUCCCGCACACCGUGGCACCCUAUCACAACAUGUCCCUCAAGGAGGCGCUGAAGAAGGAGGUCGAGCGCUCGGCGCUCGAGAAGCUAGGCUACCAGGAGACGAUCGAGAAGCAAAACGACACCAUCGUGUCGCUCACCGCCGAGCUUGCUCGACUCACCGAGGCACUCCGGGGAACCGGAGCCAAGAGAGAUGAUGGGAAACCCCCGCCACCCCCCCAGACGGCAGAGGAGGCCAGUUACGAGCUCAACGUGGUGCAACCGUGGCGGGAUUCAAAGACCGUGCGGGACGCUUGGCGCCUCUGGAACUCCGCCACCGCCAAUGACACCCGUCGUCUUUGCGACAGGGUCGCCGAGCCGGGGUUCAUCGACCGCCACACCCUCCUCAAAGGCGCGACCCAGGGUGCACUCAACAUGAGGGUGCGCCGCAUGCUGAAGGCCAUGGAUGCGACGGCACCGACGAUGUCCAAGGAGCCUGGCAUGGGCGUCAAGGGGCUUGGCCCCAAGGUGGUCUCGAAGCUACGCCUCGCCUGUGCGCUGGUGGCGCUGGAGCUGAAGCCGACGACGUGGGUCGACCGCCUGUUUCCAGACACCUGGGAGGAGCAGAUGCCGAAGACCGAGGCCGACUUGGCCAAGCAGACCGCACCUGCGCAGCGUCCUCCAUCAAAGCGCAAGAAGUCGGCAUGA